GUACAAUAAUAAAUCCAGUCUUUGUUGACGUCAUCGCCAACCUGUCAAGUCCCUGGUGGUACUCGGUUUGCAACUUGGAUAAAUUAAAAAUACUACAAGAUUUAUCGGCUCAUUUCAAUCGACAUACGCGUCUUUUGUAAGUGGCCAAGGAUUUCUUGUACACAAUGGCGGACAGUGAGAUACCGGCCAGCCUGAACGGCAUGCCGAUGAACGACGAAGAGUUUGAGCGCAACCUCAAGGAGAUACUGGAUGAUGGGCCAGACCUCAAUGACAUGAGCAACACCGUACAGGGAGGACUGUCCCACCUGGAGCUGUCUCAUGCUGCGUACGCGCCUGUCUCUGAGAGUCGGGCCGCAAGUGGCGUUUCCAGCAGAAUGUCACGGUCUCAGUCAUUGGACUUUAAAACAGACUCCAGUUCCACAUCACCAGUCAUCAAGUCAAGAAGUGCCCCAGUCAAUGGCGGCAUGUCACCAAAACCCACCAUGACCCAAACAGCACACAACAAAUUUGAACAGGUCAAAAACUGGAGCAUCGUUCAGUAUAAGUGCACAAAGCAGAUGUUAUCAGAAAAGCUGGGAAAAGGCUCACGGACUGUGGACUCGGAACUAGAAGCUCAAAUAGAGCUCUUGAGAGACACGAAACGUAAAUACGAGAAUAUUUUAAGGCUAUCGCGGUUGUUGACGAGUCACUUCUCACAGGUCGUCAACACACAGAGGUUGCUUGGGGAGGCGUUCUCAGAACAGGCCCAGAGGUCUGCGGAACUUCAGGACGAGUUUACGUACAACUGUGAGACACAGAAGGCUCUUGUGAGGAACGGAGAAACCUUGACUGGUGCAAUGAAUUUCUUCACAUCUUCAGUGAACACUCUGAUCAACAAAACCAUGGAAGACACCCUUUUAACCAUAAGAAAUUAUGAAACUGCAAGACUCGAGUUUGAUGCAUACCGGACAGACCUGGAGCAGCAGCAAGCUGUGGCCGCCCGGGACUCUGCCAACAUUGCCAGGCAGGAAGAGUUGAAGCGGAAAUAUGAGGACCAGAAACAGAAAUACGACCAGCUGAGAGGAGAUGUGGCUAUCAAACUGAAGUUUCUGGAUGAAAAUAGAAUCAAGGUGAUGCACAAGCAGUUGUUGUUGUUCCACAACGCCAUCUCUGCUUACUUCAGUGGCAACCAGUCGGCUCUAGAGGCAACCCUCAAACAGUUCAACAUAAAGCUGAAAGCACCAAAUGCUGAAACACCUUCAUGGCUGGAGGAUCAACAUUAGGGCUCUGUAGGAACAAGGGGGGGGGCAAUGAAAACAAGGGGAAAAAUUGGCCUUGGGUUUUGGGUUAGUUGAUGGAGGGGAUUAUGAGCUUGAGAAAAUUGGCAAUGUGCACCUUUGUGGAUCUGUCAUUAUCAAGGAAUAAAUUGAGGACUGUGGCAUAUAGAAAUAGACUGUAAGGGUUUUCCAUGAAAUUAUUUUUUCUGAUAAUAUUAAAGUCAAGCAAAAGACAUUAUCAAGAAAUAAAAUGAGGACUGUGGCAUAUAGUCUUAUAGAAAUAGACUGUUAGAGUUUGCCAUGAACUUACUGUAUCUGAUAAUAUUAUAGUAAAGCACAAGACAUUUUCAACUUAUACCUUACACCAACCUUAAUGUUCAAAUCAGUAUAUAAGACUACCUGAAAGAUGAGUAUUUCAUGUUACUGUUUGCACCUUAUUUUAGUAAACUAAAUAAAAUUAUAUCCCUGGUUGACUCGAGACAAAUGUUUGCAAACAAUCAAUUAUGAGUUUAGAACACAUCUAAUUUUUGCUACAUGUUAUGGAGUUCACUAAUAUUGGUUUAAUGUUGGCGAUCUAUACACUAUUAACUGGUUUAGCCCUUGACAUGUUUCCACCUUCUAAAUCUCAAUAUUGACAUGUUCCCUUCUUCAAAAUCUCAAUAGUGACACCAUCAUGUUUCCUCCUUCAAAAUCUCAAUAUUGACAUACCCCCUCCUUCAAAAUCUUUAUAAUAUUGGCAUUGAACAUUCAAAUGCUUCAUUACAAGCAUGAACUUUAUUUUAGGUAUUUUUUUGCCCUCUGUUUUCAUGUUCUUAAUUGCAUUAUGUAAUAAAUCUCUAAAUAUCUGUCAUACAUCUAUCACCUUUUUUAUUUUCCAAACAUUUUACAACAUAAUGUAAGUAAACAUAUAUCUUAACAUGUACCAGUUAAUGUUAUUUGGCACGACUUUUGUUAGUAAAUCACACAAGCCAUUUGAUGAGUCUAAUAUGUUAUGGUGUCAACAUUCCAACCAUGGUAGUAUUUUCUUAGAUCUGAUUAUGUUUUAUAUAUGAAGCUGCAUUCUGUAUCAAAACUGCAAGAUUUCUAGUUAAUGCCGAAUUUAAAGGUUUCUACUACACCAAGUUAACAGUUUUGAAUUAACAGGUGUUAAUCUGGGUUUGCCUUCGAUAAUGGAAGUCAUUCUUUGUGGGAAAAUGUGCUUUCUAUUUAAAAUACAAUCCUCAUAGUUUAAGUGUGUUCUGUUGCUUGUGACAUUGUCAAUUUAAAUAGAUAAUUUUUUUAUGCCCCCGAAGGGUGGCAUAUAGUUUUUGAACUGUCCAUCAGUCCGUCCGUCCGAAAACUUUAACAUUGGUAAUAACUUUUGCAAUAUUGAAGAUAGCAACUUGAUAUUUGGCAUACAUGUGUAUCUCAUGGAGCUGCACAUUUUUAGUGGUGAAAGGUCAAGGUCACCCUUCAAGGUCAAAGGUCAAAUAUAUGGCUUCAAAGCUGCGCAGAAGGGGGCAUUGUGUUUCUGACAAACACAUCUCUUGUUUGUUUUAAGUUUUUUUUUACUUUUGUUAAUGGAUUGUUUUUCUUCAUCUGGUAAAGACAAUCUUUAUGUUUGUUGUUGGUCUGUUUCUGCAUUUCUGGAUGUGGUUAUGGAUACAAUUAGAUUUCAUCUUGUUGUUUGAUGUUUAGAGAGCCAUUAGAACUUGCUGAAUUUACAGUAAUUUCAAAGCAUAGCUUCAAAGUGGGACCAAUCUGUGGUUAUUUUAGUGUGCAAUGUUUCUGUGUAUGUAAACGAAUUAAACUGUUUAUUGUCCACUACCGGUGAAACCGGAUGGGACUUAUGGUUUGCUCUCCGUCUGGCAGUCUGUCAGUCCGUCACACUUUUCUGGAUCCUGCGAUAACUUGAAAAGUUCUUCUUUUUUUUUCAUGAAACUUGAAACAUGGAUAGAUGGCAAUAUGGAGUUUAUGCACGUCAUUUCAUUAUGUUCCUACGUCAAAAAUUCUGGUUGCUAUAGCAACAAAUAAAAAAAAAUAAAAAUAAAAUACUGACAAUAGUGGAGUUUCACCGGUAGGGGACCAUAUUGCAUGGCAAUCUCUUGUUUAUUCUGUAGAAUUUCUGUAUAUAUUUGAGGUAAAAGUCCAUGUUAACAUUCUUACAUCAGUUACAUGAAAGAUUUGUUACUGGUUAACAUUAAAAAUGUAUUUACUUUUGAAAUUGUUUUCCAUUAUGUUAGAAAUAAUGUUUUAUUGGGGAAUGUAAAUGUUACAAACAUAUAAAUUAUUUAUACAUGUUGCAAUAUUGUUAAAAGGAGAAAAAUUCACGUAUUGUACACAUUCAUAUUCUGUAUAAACAUACAUGUAUAUCAGGCUGGUUUAAAAAUAUACAAACAUCAUUUUUAAUUAAGACUUAAAGACAAAAGACAAUUCUUAUAUUUGAUGCUCAAAGGAUUGUCUUGUCUUAUUAAUUCGAAUUAUUAUUUUUCCGUCCUGAUUGUUUUGCUUUCGUGUUGUGAUAAUUUUUGUGUGAAAUUAAGUCGAUACGCAAACAUAUGAGAUUAAGUCAAGAUUAAGUCAAUAUUAUUUGCAAAUAUGUAUAAUAUUUAUUAAACAUGUUUUGUUGUUUUCGCUUUUUACAGCUUUUUGUAUAUAUUGCUUUUAGGGCUUUAUGUAUAUGAUGGAAACGCCUGUUAACCCUUUCAGUGCGGGAACCGAAUUUUGAAGUUCUGUGGCGUCUCAUCAGGAUCCAAACUGUUUGCUAUUCUGAUAGUAUUCUUUGAAAAAAAUCGAAGAAAAUGCUAAUUUAAGAAAUUCAGCAGACAACAUUUUAGCAGAAGACAAAUUACCCAGCAUGCAAAGGGUUAAAUACAACUUGAAACUAAAUAAUUAUGAACUUCAUUGAAGUACAGAAGAAUACGGUAUACUAUAAAUGGUAAAAUGUCACUGGGUUGCAGAAGUUAUGUAGACAAUUAAUUUAGUCUGUUAUAUUGCUUCCCUUUUUUGCGAUAAAAUUUUAUAAUCGUAAUAUUACUUGGUAGGAUUGAUUUUUUUAUAAUAACAGUAAUUAAUAAAAUUGGAAAGUUGCAGAAAUGUUCAACCCCGUCUGUUCUUAUAGUACUUUAUAUAUCUGAAUUACCUCUGAAUUCAUAACUACCGGUAUGUCAACAUGUGACAUAGUUGGAAAUCCAAAAACUUUUAUUUUCUCUUAGUAAGAAAUAUUUUAACUUACAAAAAUUUGCCUCGUCUUUGCGUAUAAAAGUCUGCUAUUUAUGUGUAUUGCCGAAUUCUGUUUUAGCUUUUUAAUAAUAAUUAUUUUUAAAGAUAGUUUAUAAGCUCACUGGCGAGUAACAGUAAACAGUUUUGCAUGUGCAUGCAUUCCAAUUAAAUGUACUACUUAUAUUAAUGUAUCUUUAUUUUUAAUAUUUAUUGUAAAAACAUAUGACCUGUCUUAAUUGUAAAAGAACAAUACAAGUUUAUUAUAAAAUUAAAUAAUUUUCUUGUGCUUCCCUGUUAUAUGCGAUGCCCAGACGCAAAAUGUGAGCUACAAAUACGUAUUGAACAAUAUGAAAAAAGAUGUAAAUGAGAAUACAUUAUUAUACCGUUUCUACUAAAGAUACAAUAAUAAAAUAAUUUUUCAUUACUAGUAUAUAAUAAUUUUUGUCUUAUAGCUUCAUUGUUAUUAUUUUAUUUUAAUAUUGGUUUCAAAUACCAAUGUGUGAUUGUAUGAGCAUGUUCUUUAUUAAUAUAUUUUACAAUGAAAUAAUGGAUAUGCGUGUAUGUACUUUUAUCUUCCAUGAAUAAUCAUUAAAUCCACAAUGGCAUAAUUAAAAAUGUCUGUUUUAACCAUUUGUUAUGUUACUGUAUUUUUUCUGGAUUUUUAUGUCCCCCACCACUAUAGUGUGGGACAUAUUGUUUUUACGCUGUCGGUUGGUUGGUUUGUUUGUUUGUUUGCUCCAUCUUUAACAUUUUGCCAUAACUUUUGCAAUAUUGAAGAAAGCAACUUCAUAUUUGGCAUGCAUGUGUAUCUCAUGGAGCUGCACAUUUUGAGUGGUGAAAGGUCAAGGUCAUCUUUCAAAGUCAAAGGUAAAAUAUAUAGCUUCAAAGCGGCGCAGUAGGGGACAUAAUGUUUCUGACAAACACAUAUCUUGUUUUUAAGUAUUAUUGUGUUGCAAGAAAUACUGGAUGGUGUUGUCAUUAAGCACUGCUUAUGUUAUAUGCAAAUUAAAACCUUGUGACACA